UGAGUAUAAAGCGAAAGCGAUGCGUUCCCAGAUUUAUUUGCUCAAAAUGUACGGAAAACUGCUCAUUUUCGCCUGCGCGCUUCACGUGUGGGCUGCUGAACCAGACCUGGACUGGUGGAAGAGUGCCGUUUUUUACCAAAUUUACCCACGCUCAUUUAAGGACUCGGACAAUGACGGCGUGGGCGACCUGAAGGGUAUUCAGAGUAAAUUGGAUCACUUGGUGGACGCCGGCGUCACGGCGCUGUGGCUGUCGCCGAUCUACAGGUCGCCUCAGAUCGAUCAGGGUUACGACAUUAGCGACUUUAGGGAUGUCGAUCCGUUAUUCGGAACCUUGGCCGACUUUAAGGAGUUGCUCGCGUCGGCUCACCAGAAAGGGUUGAAGGUCAUUUUGGAUUUUGUUCCGAACCACUCCAGCGACAAGCACGAUUGGUUCUCCAAGUCGGAGUCGGGCGAUGAGCAGUACGCAGAUUACUACGUGUGGCGAGAGGGACGGAACGGGAAUCGGGACCCACCGAAUAAUUGGAUCAGCUACUUCCACGGGCCCGCGUGGAAGUUCAGCGAGGCACGUCAGUUGUGGUACCUCCACCAGUUCGCCGAGGGCCAACCAGACUUAAACUAUCGCAACCCGAAACUCGUUCAGGAGAUGAAGGACGUUCUUACAUACUGGCUGGAUGCGGGCGUCGACGGAUUUAGGGUCGACAUAAUAUCGGCCCUCUUCGAAGACGAGCAGUUUCGGGAUGAGGAACCGUCUAACAUCCCAGGUGUUAGUGACACCGAUCGGGAGUACCUGAUCCACACCUACACUGACGAUCAACCCGAGAAUUACGACAUGGUGUACCAAUGGAGGGAGCUACUCGAUGAGUAUCAACGUCAACAUGGAGGAGACACGAGGGUGAUGAUGACGGAAUCGUACGCACCCUUGGGCAAGCUUUUCGGGUACUAUGGCAACGAGAUACGUGACGGUGCUCAUUUCUCGUUCAAUUUUUGGUUCAUUACUGAGCUCAAUGGGCAAUCAACCGCCCACGCCAUCAAAUUCGUGAUCGACAAGUGGUUCACGUACAUGCCAUGGCGGUACACGGCGAACUGGGUGCUAGGAAACCACGACCAACACCGCGUGGCCACCAGAUACGGCACGAAACGGGUCGAUGGUCUCUGCAUGCUCUCCAUGCUACUGCCGGGAGUGGCGGUCACCUACAACGGCGAGGAAAUAGGAAUGGAAGACGGCGAGGUGACGUGGACGCAGGCGAAGGACCCCCAGGCCUGCAACGACGUCGAAGCGAACUUUAAGAAAAACAGUCGCGAUUUUCAACGCACCCCCUUCCAAUGGGACGACAGCGUCAACGCCGGUUUCAACGCCGGGGGCGACACCUGGUUACCCGUCGGUUCCACGUACCUAACGGCGAACCUUGCCGCGGAAAAGGCCGACCCCAAGAGUCACUACAGCGUUUACCAGAACGUGGUGAAACUACGUAAGAGCGACACCCUGAAACAUGGCGAUUUCUCGACGGUGGCUUUCAGCGACAGCGUUUUCGGAUUGAUAAGAUCUUUGAAAGGCAAUGAGACUUACGUUCUCGUUGUGAAUAUCGGCGGCCAAUCGCAGACCGCCGACUUGCGGUACUUGGGUCGCCUGCCCGACAAGCUGAAGGUGGUCUUAGUGAGCCAGUCCACGAGGAAAGUUGGUGAUAUGGUACCUACCGGCGUCGUUUCCUUAGGCGCUUACGAAUCAGUGAUAUUAUCAUCUUAAAAAAAUGCUAAUAAAUUAAUUUUGUGUUGAGUACAAUUAAGUUUGAGUAAAGGAGGGAAAGAACA